AUGUACAAUAUCAUUGUUUACCUUUUACUCGGUGUUACCGUAAUUACAGCGGACCCCAUUAACUUGCUGGACAAUGGAUUACACGGUAAAACUUGACAUUUUGUGGUUGUUGGGGGAUGGUAUAGGGUUUAUUUGAGUUGGAAAGGUCUUAAGCCUUAGAAAAGUGUAUUUUAUAAAUUUUAAGAUCAAAAGCACAUCUUUAGGCUUACCUUGUAGCUAUUUUUUAAGUAAAAAAGGAAUUUUUUAAUAAAAAAGGGGCUACUCAGUUUAAAGGUCGCACCCCAUUAUAGGGUCCCAUGACCCAUUUGAAGGUCCCAUGCAAAUUUUAUUCAUUUAAAUUGCAUUUUUUUACAAAUUUCAUUGUAAAAAAAUCGCGAAAUCGAAUCGCGGUUGCUGUACCUGAAAAUGGUCUCGAAAAAGUAACUUGAAAUCAAUAUUCUAAGAAUUGGGACCCAUAUCUAAGAAGUGGGACCCAUAUCUAAGAAGUGGGACCAUAUCUAAGAAGUGGGACCAUAUCUAAGAAGUGGGACCAUAUCUAAGAAGUGGGACCACUACUAAAAAGUUUGAACCAAUAUGUAAAGAACUAUACUUACCGUGUAGUAAUCAAGUGGUGGGAUCCAUCAUCGGCAAGUGUUUCUCAGGAGAACCAUUCAUCAGACAUUGAUUGUCUCAGGCAAAACCUACGUCAAGACAUGGUCACGGACCAACAAAAAUGACACGACCAUCCAUGGUCUUUGCAAAAAAUAAGAAUGAAACAACCAAUACAACCGAUUUUCGGUUCUCAUAAAAUUAAAAUUUAGGGACCUUCUAUUGGGUCAAAAAUUGGGACCUUUUAUUGGGUGGCGUGGGACCUUUAAACAGAGUAGCGCCAAAUUUUUUUAAAAUUUGAAGUCAAAAACAUUUUUUAAAUUUCCCAUUAUCGUAAUUCAAAGAAUCGAAAUUAAAGAAUGCGCCAUUCUUUUUGAAUCAGCUUUAUAACGAUUUGUUUCACCUUGUAAGAAAUAGCUUUUCAUAGGGUUACAGAUCAUGUUAUAGUAAAUUUAAAAGUGAUUAAUUAUGCCACUUUGGUCAGAAAGUUUGUAGAAUUUGCCAUUUUAUGUUAGCCUUCUUCAGCUGGGCAAUAUUAUGUUUAUUUUUUGGUCUAAAUAGUAAAACAUUUAUAGUGCUCGACCGUUUUUUGGCUAAAAUAUUGUGUUUUAUCUUAACUAGUAGCCGUAAAUUCAAAGUAUAUCAUAUUUGGUAUAAGGUACUUUCAUUUAAAAAGCAACGUUUUCAAAACCUCAACACUAGCUAUAAAACAGUGAGGACAAAGCACCUUUCAUAUAUAAACCAUCUUUUACAUAUUAACCAUGACAUUUGAGGCGAACCCUUGGUCGAUUGCAUGGAAGACCGCGUCAAACUGACAUUCAAGACAGAGAAGCCGUUCAGUGGUCGUAUCUUCGUGAAGGGGAUGAUCGACAACCCCAACUGUGUCACCAAGUACGCCUCCAACAAGAACAGUUCAGUCCAGUUCCAGCUUCAGAAUGGUGACUGUAACAUGCGGAGGUCGAGGAAGGUAGGUUACGGUCAUUAAUAGUUUACCGUGGUACUAAUAUUUUAGUACUAACUAUGGUUAACUAGAAUAUAUCUUUUUGAUACAUUAAUCUCAGAAGUACCUACUAUAACAUUGAAAUGUCUCAAAAGAUGGUGGAUUUUGUUCAUUUUGUCCCGCCAUACUCAAUAUCCUUUUAAAAAGGUGUCUUCCCGACCAUCUUCCUCACUAAUUGCACGAUAUGUCACUGUAACAACAGUCUAUUCACCAGACUUAAUAAUCCAUCUUCAAUUAACCCUGAGGGCAUCUUGUUACGUCAGAAGUGUUUUUUGAAUUCUUUUGAAACAGUUCGGACUAAUUACUCUCGACCCUUUUGUACUACUAAUUACCCCGCUCUUGUUCUACUUUCUUCACAUCUAACUGUACCUUCAGCUAAGUCCCGAGCAUCGUGGCGUGGAACAGUCCAUCGUGGUGGUCGUGUCGUUCCAUGAUACCUUUAUCACCAAAGUCGACCGUGCUUAUCGAUGUACUUGCUUCUAUAUGGAGGCGGACAAAGUGGUGACUAACAGAUUUGAUGUUAGGUAAGGGUACUGUAUGUUCGAUGGGUAAUAAUACUGUAGAUGAUAGCUGAUAAGGUUAAAUGAUAUCACUGUAAUACAAGUUAAGGGAGAGAACUGUAACAUCUAAGAGCCAUGUAAUAGUUAUGUAUAAGUUUAAAAAAUGCUAUCAUAAACUAUAGCAAAGAUCACUAUGUUUACCAUUAACCAUGUCCUCUUACAGUGCCCUACCGACCACAGAGUUAGUAGACACAGCCAGAAUGCCUCAAUGUACAUAUUCGAUCAGAAGAGGCUCUGUGAAUGGUCCUGUGGUUAACUAUGCCCAAAUUGGAGAACCAGUGUUCCAUGUGUGGAAGUGUGACAGUGGUAAGUAAUAUAAUCAAUGGCACCUACAGUGUUAUAGACACCUUCUCCAUGCUGAUACACAACUGUUUUGUGGACGACGGAGCAGGAAGAGAACGGAAACCAGUUCUGGACGAGAAUGGGUAUGUUUGUCUCAACUUAAAGCUACUUCUGGACAGAAAAUGACGUUUUAAAAUUGUUUUUUAAAGUUAAAGUUACUUAAUUUGUCAUCUUUGAUCUUCUUCAGCUGUUCAAUCGACUCCAUCAUCGUAUCCGACCUCACCUACAACAAUGCUGCCAACAUGGCCUACACGGAAGUUAAUGUGUUCAAGUUUGCUGAUAAGGUGAGCACCUACUUCCAGUGCUCCAUCACUUCGUGUAUGAUCUCAGAAGGCAUGUGCAAAGGAAUCACGGUAAGCAAAUGAAUAUAACUGUUAACCCUAUCAUAAUAUCAGCCUCCUCGUUGUGGAGCUGCUGCUCGUAAGCGGAGAACGGUGGGGGAGAACGCUACACGAGAUGACAGAAUGACCAUGGACAUAUCGGCCGAGAAGAUAGUCGUACUCGACCUCGAAGAUACGAAGGAAGAAGCAGUCAUCGAUGCUGUGAUACCGCCUUCAGCUCUCAGCAAUGACAAUAUCCAGGAGAACAUACGACAAGUUAACGCCCUUUACCACAGUAAGAAGGUGUGCUUCAGCCAGCCGGCUAUGGCUUUGUUCGGAGGACUGCUGGCCUUCUUGUUGUUUGUCGGAAUCGCGUCCUUCGUCGUGUUCACAAUGCAGCUACGGAAAAGAGGAAAACUGUAA